CAAGAAGAAGAAGAAGAACUAGUAGAAGAAGAAGAAGACGAAGAAGAAGAAGAAGAAAGAGAGGAACGCGUUCACCGAAAUGUCGUCUCAUCCUCGCGAAAGAAAAUGACGGAAGUGCGUAAUAGAAAGGAAAUGUAUGUAAAUGUUAAUCGCGGUGUGUCGUAUUCGCGAGUUAUUUAUCGUGUAUUUCUACGGGUGGACAAGUUUUAGGAUAACUCGCGGGAAAUCUUGUAACAAUAAGUGAUAAGGAAACGAAACUAAUCUCUUCAUCGAAACGACGAGAUUAUCCUGAACCACAAUCGUUACGAACGAUAAGAAAGAAGAACAAAAAUUGAACGAAGGAUAAAGAAAGGCAAACUUUGUCGAGAAAAAAAGAAAAAACGAGAAGUGUGGACGAAUAGAAAAAACAUUUACCUGUAUAGAAAAGAAAAGAAAAAGAAGAAAAGAAAAUGGAGUUGGUAUCAGUGACCUCAUCGACAUCAUUGGCGUUGGCUUUGGCCCUGGCCUUCCUAUCAACGGCACGUCGUUGCGAUAGUGCAUCGGAAAGUAUCAAAGGAAGCAGGGAGACGUGUGACAUCGAGGGAGAAGAUUUCACCGUCGACAAAAUCCCAAAUACCAGGUGUUUCACUUGCAUUUGUAAGAACGGAUUUGUGGAGUGUCAGAAGCAACAAUGUCCGAAUAUCGAUGGUUGUUAUACCCUAUUGGAGGUUCAAGAAAACCAGUGUUGCCGUAUGUGUAAAGGCUGCCUUCGAAACGGAGUUUAUCACGAAUCCGGCGCAAAGUGGAACGAUAGAAAUGACCCUUGCAAGAUCUUCAUGUGCAGAGCUGGGGUUAUCACCGAAUCUAGGCAACGAUGUUACACGCCUUGUUCGAAACCAAUGCCAGCAUUGCCUGGAGAAUGUUGUCCCGUUUGUCCAGGAUGUUUCGUUAAUGGUCAAAAAGUAACCGAUGAGAGAUCUUUCACGACAAUCGAAGAUCCUUGCGUAACCUGUCAAUGUAAUUCAAGUCGAUUAAAUUGUUCCAAACAUGCUUGUCCUGUUCUUCAUUGUCCAGCUUCGAGAAUCUUUCACGAACCCGGAGAGUGUUGUCCUCGCUGCAAAGGUAUCACAGAAUUUUUGCCACCUCCUAAAGGUGGUUGUAUUUUGGGUACAACAGUUCAUAAUUCUGGUUCACAAUUCUAUGUGGAUGAAUGUACCCGUUGCAUUUGUACGAAUUCCGUGAUAUCUUGUGUAAGGGAAACAUGUCCGGUAUUGGAAUGCACAAGCGAGCAUCAGACAACAUUGCCAGGUCGUUGUUGUCCGCAGUGUCCUUUGGUCGAGGAAAGCCGGGCUUCUUGCACGUACGGCGGCAGAACUUAUGGGGAUGGCGAAACUUGGAAGCUUGAUUCUUGUAAGGCAUGCGCUUGCAUGCAGGGUAAAGUACGAUGUGCAAUGCCGAAGUGUCCACCAUUGAAUUUACCAUGUCCGCCAAAUUCAAAAUUGGAGCAUCCCAAAGACCAAUGUUGUCCUCGUUGCGUUGAAGGUGAUGGUGUAUGCACUGUCUUUGGUGACCCCCAUUACCGCACCUUCGACGGCAAAUUCUUCAGCUUCAAAGGCGCUUGCAAGUAUCAGUUGGCUAGCGACUGCGUCGGACAUACGUUUAGCAUACGCGUGACGAACGACGCCGGCUUGGCGAGAUCUUCGGCAUGGACGAAAACGAUUGCCAUCAAGAUCGGCGAUCUGAAGGUGAAUCUGGGUCAAAAGAUGAAGGUAAAAGUGAAUGGUAAGAGGGUCGACGUACCUUACAGUGUGGAGAACAAACUUGACGUUAACAGAACGGCCGACAGCAUAAUAGUUAAUACACCGAUCGGUAUCAAAGUACUUUGGGAUGGAAUUAGUUUUCUUGAGAUCUCAGCGUCUACGUCCUAUAGAGGUAGAUUGUGCGGAUUAUGUGGAAACUUUAAUUCCUUACCGAAAGAUGAUUUCAUGACUAGACGCGGCAGACUCUUACAAGAUCCUCAACCAUUUGGCCAAUCUUGGGCCGUUGGUGCUAAGAAGACAUGCACACCUAAAUCUCUUAUAAAUCCUGAGAAGGAGAGACGUUGCAGGGGGAGGAAGGAUCAUAGAUUGUGCAAUCGCCUGAGGUCGCAGAUCUUUGAUCCCUGCCACAAGAAAGUCAAUCCAACGAUGUACUACAAAGCAUGUCUUCAGGAUAUGUGCGAGUGCCCGACCGAGCACUGCUAUUGCGAGUCUUUCAUGGCUUACGUUCACGAGUGCACAAGAUUGGGAAUUCAAUUGCCACAUUGGAGAAAAUCUACGAGAUGUCGUACCAUUUGGGAUCAAUCGAAUAAUAAUCCUGGACCUUUUGGCAAACGUUUGCAUUAAAUGCUGCGAACCUUUGUCCCUUAUAUUUUUCUUUUUCUAUUUUUUCUUCUUUUUUUUUUUUUCUUUCUUUUUAUCGCGAAAGAAAAAAGUCGA